GACAAACAUUGAAAUCUGCAGUCUGUGUCAGAUUUCAGCCUUUUCGUUUUCUCACAGCGAAAUAAAUCCGAGCUUCAGCGGUGCGAUGGCAAAUGAAGCAAAGCCCUGUCCAUGUGAUAUCGGGGACAAGAUUGAAUAUGGAGGUCUUGGAGAGGAAGUUCAAAUCGAGCACAUUAAAGCUUAUGUGGUGAAGCCUCCAGCAUCAGAGAAGGCCAUUAUUGUAAUUCAAGACAUUUAUGGAUGGCAGCUACCAAACACCAGACACAUGGCUGACAUGCUCUCAGCCAAUGGAUACAUUGCUAUAUGUCCAGAUUUCUUUGUUGGAAAAGAGCCAUGGAGCCCAUCUCACGACUGGUCAACAUUUCAGCAGUGGCUUGAGGACAAAAAGCCUACAGACAUCAAAAAGGAAGUGGAUGUUGUAUUGAAGUAUCUGAAGGAACAGUGCGGUGCGAAGCAUAUAGGUGUUGUGGGCUUCUGCUGGGGUGGUGUUGCGACACACUACAUUGGUCUUCAGUAUCAGGAAAUCAAAGCUGCUGUCUCGGUCUAUGGUAUCGUUAGAGAGCGGGAAGACAGGUUUGAUCUCAAGAGCCCAACCCUCUUUAUCUUUGCGGAAAACGAUGCAGUCAUUCCACUUGAUCAGGUGACUACACUAGAGACAAGACUGGAGGAAAAGUGCACUGCUGACUUCCAAGUGAAAAUCUUCCCAAAGCAGACACAUGGGUUUGUCCAUCGCAAGAGACAAGACAUUAAUCCAGAUAAUAAACCUUAUAUAGAGGAGGCCAGGACAGAUAUGAUCAACUGGUUGAAUAAGUACAUGUAAACUGCAAUGGGUUAAAAUAACUGAUGUGAAGGUUAAAUAUUCUCUAAUGGCAAAGUCUGAUGAUAAAAAUCAAUCAUUGUGCACCAGCAUUAACU